AUGCCUCGUACCGCGACGCUCACUGCGAUUUUGGCUGUCUUCAUUUCCAUCAUCAUCUUCGACACGCAGCUCAAGAGCUUCUUCACAGACAUAACCUCUCAGCUCAACACAAAUACGACAACAAUUACCACGAUACCUUCACCAAUCCCAGACUCGUUUGAUUCAUCUAUGCUCAACGCGGUCAAGACCACAAUGUCCAAGACUCUCCACCACGCAAAGAUCACGCCGCACCGGAGCGGCACCCGCGGCCACUCGGACCACGGCUGGCUCAACACCUACCACAGCUUCUCCUUCGCAAACUGGUACGACCCGCGGUUCAACAAUUUUGGCUCCCUGCGCGUGCUCAACGAGGACCGCGUCAAGGCCAACUCGGGCUUCCCCACGCACCCCCACCGCGACUUUGAGAUAUUUAGCUACAUCCUCUCGGGUGAGCUGACGCACCGCGACUCGAUGCUGCAAAAGGGCGCCGAGGGCGGCCAGAGUGACAAGUUUUACCGCAUGCACCGCGGCGAUGUGCAGUUCACCACAGGCGGCACCGGCAUCGCGCACUCCGAGUUCAACGAGCACCACAAGGACACGGUGCACUUCCUCCAGAUCUGGGCCGUCCCCUGGAAGCGCGGCCUGCCGCCCACCUACCACACGCGCCACUUUGCCGAGGAGGACAAGCGCAAGGGGUUCGUCAAGAUUUUAUCUCCCCUAAAAGCCGGGCCCGACGCCUCGGCCGCUGAGGAGAAGGCGGCGGAGCCGCGGAUCCCGGACACGAUACCCAUCCACGCCGACUUCGUAAUGGGCGCGGGCAUCAUCGAACCCAACGAGGUUUUCGAGUGGGUCGUCGGCGCCAAGGUAACGGAGCAGACGAAGCGCAAGGUGUUUGUCCACCUACCCAUGACGAAGAGCGGCAAGGCGAAGAUCAGGAUCGAUGGCCGUGAGGAUGCUAUCUUGUCCGAGGGCGAUGGUGCAUUUGUAGAUGCGGUUAAUGCUGGCGACAAGUUGAGUGUCGAGAGCGUCGGCGAGGCCGAGGCCGAGGUCGUUGUGUUGGAUACGGCAUGA